GGGCCAAGGAGCAAGCUCUCCCAUCUCCAGCUCUCAGCCUCACAGAUCAGGAUUUCACUGAGCUGCACUAGACCUCCCAUCUGGGGACCCUGCCCCCUGCUCUGUGUGCUGCACAUUGGAUCUGGUGAAAUUCAGGAAAUGCUCGUCUCCUGCUAUUGAUGAAUAAUUUCAGAGUACUAUGGAUCAUGUUGAAGAAACUGAAAUCCUUGCAGCAACCCAGCGGUACUAUGUGGAAAGACCUAUCUUUAGUCACCCGGUCCUCCAGGAAAGACUGCACAAGAAGGACAAGAUUUCGGAAUCCAUUGGGGAUAAGCUGAAACAGGCAUUCACAUGUACCCCUAAGAAAAUACGAAAUAUCAUUUACAUGUUCCUCCCCAUAACCAAGUGGUUGCCUGCAUACAGAUUCAAGGAGUAUGUGUUGGGUGACAUAGUCUCAGGCAUAAGCACAGGUGUGCUGCAGCUUCCUCAAGGUUUAGCCUUUGCAAUGCUGGCAGCUGUGCCUCCGGUGUUUGGCCUGUACUCUUCAUUUUACCCCGUUAUCAUGUAUUGUUUUUUUGGAACCUCCAGACACAUAUCCAUAGGUCCAUUUGCAGUUAUUAGCCUGAUGAUAGGCGGCGUGGCUGUUCGAUUAGUACCAGAUGAUAUAGUCAUUCCAGGAGGAGUAAACGCAACCAACAGUACGGAGGCAAGAGAUGCUUUGAGAGUGAAAGUCGCCAUGUCUGUGACCUUACUUACAGGAAUCAUUCAGUUUUGCCUAGGUGUCUGUAGGUUUGGAUUUGUGGCCAUAUAUCUCACGGAGCCCCUGGUCCGUGGGUUUACCACUGCGGCAGCUGUGCAUGUCUUCACCUCCAUGUUAAAAUACCUGUUUGGAGUUAAAACAAAGCGGUACAGUGGGAUCUUUUCAGUGGUGUAUAGUACAGUUGCUGUGUUGCAGAAUGUUAAAAACCUCAACGUGUGUUCCCUAGGCGUUGGGCUGAUGGUCUUUGGUUUGCUGCUGGGUGGCAAGGAGUUUAAUGAGAGAUUUAAAGAAAAAUUGCCAGCGCCCAUUCCUUUAGAGUUCUUUGCGGUGGUUAUGGGAACUGGCAUUUCAGCUGGGUUUAGCCUGCAUGAAUCGUACAAUGUGGAUGUCGUUGGGACACUUCCUCUGGGGCUGCUACCUCCGGCCAAUCCGGACACCAGCCUCUUCCACCUUGUGUACGUGGACGCCAUUGCCAUAGCGAUCGUUGGAUUUUCGGUGACCAUCUCAAUGGCCAAGACCUUGGCGAAUAAGCAUGGCUACCAGGUCGAUGGCAAUCAGGAGCUCAUUGCCCUGGGACUGUGCAACUCCACUGGCUCACUCUUCCAGACUUUUGCAAUUUCAUGCUCCUUGUCUCGAAGCCUUGUCCAGGAGGGAACUGGAGGGAAGACACAGCUUGCAGGUUGUUUGGCCUCAUUAAUGAUUCUGCUGGUCAUAUUAGCCACUGGAUUCCUCUUUGAAUCAUUACCCCAGGCUGUGCUGUCGGCCAUUGUGAUCGUCAACCUGAAAGGAAUGUUUAUGCAAUUCUCAGAUCUCCCCUUUUUCUGGAGAACCAGCAAGAUAGAGCUGACCAUCUGGCUUACCACUUUUGUUUCCUCCUUGUUCCUGGGAUUGGACUAUGGCUUGAUUACUGCUGUGAUCAUCGCACUGAUGACUGUAAUUUACAGAACACAGAGUCCGAGCUACAUAGUCCUUGGGCAGCUUCCUGACACUGAUGUGUACAUUGACAUAGACGCGUAUGAGGAGGUGAAAGAAGUUCCUGGAAUAAAAAUAUUCCAAAUAAAUGCCCCAAUUUAUUAUGCAAAUAGUGACUUAUAUAGCAGUGCAUUAAAAAGAAAGACUGGAGUGAACCCAGCCUUCAUAUUGGGAGCAAGAAGAAAGGCCAUGAAGAAGUAUGCUAAGGAAGUUGGAAAUGCCAACAUGGCCAAUGCAACCGUCGUCAAAGUGGAUGCAGAAGUAGAUGCAGAAGAUGGCACCAAGCCUGAGGAAGAGGAGGAUGAAAUAAAAUAUCCCCCAGUAGUCACCAAGAGCACACUUCCUGAGGAACUGCAAAGAUUUAUGCCCCCAGGGGAUAACGUCCACACCAUCAUUCUGGAUUUUACGCAAGUCAAUUUUAUGGAUUCCGUUGGUGUAAAAACUCUGGCAGGGAUUGUAAAAGAAUAUGGAGAUGUCGGCAUUUAUGUGUAUUUAGCAGGAUGCAGUGCACAAGUCGUGAGUGACCUCACUCAAAAUCAAUUCUUUGAAAAUCCUGCCUUACUGGAUCUGCUGUUCCACAGCAUUCACGAUGCAGUCUUAGGCAGCCAAGUUCGAGAGGCACUUGCCGAACAGGAGGCCACGGCUGCUCCUCCCCAGGAGGACUCUGAGCCCAACGCCACUCCGGAAGCUUAGACGAGGAGCUCAGCCUGCGAUGGGGUAUGAGCUUCUCGUGAAAUUACUAACCUACACACUUUAAAUAGUAGACACUAAAUGUUUUUUUCCUAAGGGUAAAUACUAGUAGUAGGUAAAUACUAGUAAAUACAAGGCUUGAUUUGGAGGGUGAAUGACGCAUAGCAAGAUGUAUCUUACUUGUAUUUUUUUAAUUGACUAUUUCAAAGAUAUUAUUAGCCUCUUGCCUGCAUUUAUUGUGUAGUGACAUUUCUGUUACUCUUUAGUAUUAUCUUUGUGAACUUAAAGAAUUUAUUUAAGUACUUUAUCCACAAAUCAGAUACCCUGUCACCAGAUGGGUAGUAGUUCUUUGCUUUUGUACUUGUUGAUCUACAGACUUUCUGUAAUCAGUUAUCUCACAGAGGAGGCAAACCCACAAUUUUCUAGAAGUUCUUCUUUUAAAAUAACCAUUUAUUGUUACAGAAGCAAUGUAGGUACAUUGCAGAAAAUUAGAAAAUAUAGACAAGCAAAAAUAAGAAAAACAUUACAUUACCAGCAAAGAUUAUUGCUAACACCUUAAUGCAUGUCCUUCCAGGUCUUUUUCUAUCCAUAUAUAUUUACAUCUUUUAACCAAAACAAGAUCAUACUCUACAUAGUGUUCUGUGACCUGUUCUUUUCAGUCAUCCAUCUUUGCUUUCUCAUUCUAGAACAUGUUUACCUCAGACCAUAUUCAAACUUCCCCAAUUGUCUCCACAGUUGUAGUUGGUUUAUCCAAACUAGUAUUCAUUCUGUGACCUUACACUACAAAUGGUCAUGUCCCCUCUUAAUCUAGCACUGUCCUUUUUUUGAUGACAUUAACUUGUUAAAGGGAGUUGGGGCAGUUGUCCUGUAGAAUCCCAUCUUGUGAGUGUGUCUGCUCGCUUUUUCAAGGUUUGUCCCUUUAUUUCCUGAACUACCUGUGAUCUAGAAGUUAUGUCUAACUAAAGGCUUCAUGAAUUUGAAUAAAACAUUUCUUGCUAGAUGAGAUACGUGCAUAGAUGAGGCACGUGCUUCAAAUCGCAUCACAACAGAAAACAAGUAAUAUCUAGUUGACCUACCAUUAAUGAUGCUAAAAUAAAUCACUUGGAUUAAUAUGACAACCAAUCCCCCAAUUAUAUUUUCUCCUUUGUGACUAGUGAGUUAUCUGUAUGGUGUUCCUUUGGCAUUGAAUGAAUGCCCAGUUCUCCAUUAGCCGUUCACCCAGAGGUUUUAACGUCUAGUGUUAAUCCUUGCCUAAAGCAGCAAUUUUAUUAAGGUGUGUGAAUUUUCUUUUCCAAUUCUUUCAUUUCUUCUGCAUUUAUCAAUUGGUGUUUCCGUGUAAACUACAGCUUUCCCUCAACUUGAAUUAUUUAGUCAUCCUUAAACAUAGUUCUUACUGGAAGGGCAGGUUAAAUUUUUUUUUUUCCAUUUAGUUAUCAACUUCAAAGUAAGGAGUUGGUUUAAUAGAUGGUGACGAAUUAGGUUCUUUUUGAUUUUUCCUUUUUCAUGUAAUUAUACACUCAUGAAUUGUUGUAGUUUUAAUGUGUUUCAGUGCAUUAUAGUUAUUCUUUUUGGUGUUCAAAUUGUCACACCUGUGGCCAGUAGGAGGCCCUAGAAGUUUUGUUGUUGCUAAAACUGAUUUACCACAUAUUUUAGAAAACUGACUCCUGGGUAUAAUUUAAUACCUUCCUUCUAAAUCCACAGAGUUAGUUAAUUCUUCAUCAAACUCAGUUUUAAGCCGAUGAGUGAGUAAAAUGCUGUUUGAAGCAUUUUCUCUACAGUUGUUCAAAAGGAGUAGGGAGACCUUUAAGCCAGUUUGUCAUCAGAAGUUCCUGCUCCUGUAAUUCUAACCACCUGCUCACUCCAAAUCACAGCACAAGUAUUAGCCAACCUGCCUAAAGCCUCAUCUGCUAAGAUUUCCUGCUAAUAGUUGUUUUUGUUUUUGUUUUACAUGUUUCCUUAUUGACUCCUUGUUUUAGUUUUCAUGAAGAAAACACUUCCAGGGGAAAAGUGCAUCAGGAAAGAAGUAGGUUAGCAUGGGUCUAGUCCAAACCAAACCCUAUGGCUUGUUUGCUUUAAGUCUUAUCAAGUUUCUCAGUGACUUUACUAAUUUAAUUCAGAGUAGACCCCCGCCCCCUUCUAAUCAAUACUUUAUCUAGAUCUAGAGUGAAAUUAGAUUUGCAGUCAGUUAUUUCCUUUGCAAUCAUCAGAUACAUCUGCAUUCUGAUACAGACUGCCUUCUGAAAGAGCAUGUAGUUAUAGGACCUCAGCUUGUACUAGAAACUUUUAUAAAAGGGCUUGUAUCGUUUCAGCCGUUAAAGUAGAACUUAAGGAUUUUAAACAAUAUUAUAAAAUAUUUUAUUGCAUAAUCUUUAGCACCAGUCUUCAAUAAAUGCUUUACACACAGCAGAUAUUCAAGUCCUGGUUAUUGAUAGAUUGAAAGCAGUAUACAAAAAAAGUACUUGUCUGUAGCUUACAAAUUUGUAUUUAACUUUUCUGUCCUUUAAUUUUUAACCUAUUUUGAAUAGAAUUCUACCAUGUACAUAAAAAGCAUUUAAGUCUUAGGGGUAAUAUGUUUUUGUUUUGGCAUGCCUCUGCUAUCAUAAGAAUGUAUUUCAAAAUGUAUUCUAUCUAUAUGUAAAUAUUUUGGAAUGUUUUACUUAGAGUUAUUUCAGACGGUGGGAAGUUUCCUGAAUUCUUUUACUUACAAUCAAGUUUUGUCUCUACCUGCUUCUUUCCGGACCUUAAAAUCUGCUAGUAUAUACCUUUCUAUGUUUUUCAGCCCUGGUUCAAAUUCAGAUUCUUAACUGCCCUAUCCAAAAGGGCAUAAUCCACACUGAUGGAUAUAGGGACUAGACUAGGCUUAUUUUAUGGAAAUAUGGGAAAGCCCUAUUUCCAGGAAGGCCCCAUAUAGUGAUGUUGUCUUUCUCAAAUCCUGUGCAACAUGACCAUGGUUGUUCUGUGUCUCAUGACCGGAUGGAAUAUGUUUGCAAACAGUUUUGAACCAGGGCCCAGGAAACUCCUCAUUCGGGUCAUAGACGCUGACUGUACAGUCAUAUGGCAGCUGAGAGGGAUCCCAAUGCCAAUCUCAUCUGCAGUGGGACUCAGAGAAACAGUGAAGGGUAUGAAUCCUCUGCAGGCUCUGGGAGAAGCAUUUUGUAGUUUUCAGGUAACAUCUAAAAUAUCCAUGUGGUUUGAUCCUGUAUCCUUACCUGUUUAACAGAGAAAGGAGGUGUCUGCCUCCCAAGGUACAUGUUGAGAAAAUGAGACUACCCUCCAGUGUGUGGAGAGGGUAGCAAACCCAGAGAAUCUGCCCCAGAGUGGGUGGGUGUGUUGUCCUGUUUGGGGAGUGGGGGGCGAGGGGGUACCCUUGUGUGGGGCUGAGGGAAGGAAGUGUAUGUGGUGAAGACGACUUUAUUAUGUCUGCCCCUUUAAUUAAUUCAAAUUCUAAAAUCAAACACAAGUUCCUUGGUAUGCGCCUGUGUGCUUUAGUGAGUGCAGAAAUGCUUUUGGUCCUUUUUUUCAGCAAUGCUUUUAGGAUUCAGUGUGUAGAUUCUUGAUAACGUGGAUUGAGUGCUGAUAAAAGUUGGUUUGAGGACUGAUAAAAGUGUUAUCUAAUUCUCCAAACAUAUAGCUAACCAAAAUGUGUGCGGUGGUUUUGAAACCCCUCAAAUCCCAGCAGCAAAACGUUCAAAAGCCAGGACUGCACCAGGUAACCUGCCUGCUUACUGACUUGGAUUUAAACAAGUUUGAGCAUCUCAAAAACCCACUUUGCCUUUAAAAAAGGCUUACCAGGGUUUUCAUUGUACUGGUGUAUAGCAUUUCAGCUUUAUGUAACAGAUGAACCUGAGCUUUGUGAAAAUUAAAUUUUAUAAAUCUAAUCACAUUUUUAAAAUGUUUUAUAAAAGUUUUUUUAAAGGAUCGCUACAGUAUUUUUCUGAAGUCAUAAACCCUUUGUACUGAUUUAUCAGCACGCUAAUAUGUGUAAACAUGUAUGUCUGUACACACACAUAUACACGUGUUUAUGCACACAUACAUAUUUUAGGUGGAGGGAGUUACCAGUGAAUGUGUAUAUUUUCUUUUUAAAUGGGGUACAAACAUGCUAAUCUAGAUAGCAUUGAUGCUAUCUGCAUACAUAUGCCUGGGUAGAAACACCCCGAUUUUUCAGAUAAUUCAUUGUGCAUUGAUUUGAUGUGUGGCCAGUUAGAUUUUCAUCAUGAAACCGAGAUGUCAAGAUUAUUCACAGCCUAUGACACGUUAGGCCUGAGUGAGCACCACAUAACCAACUUGAGUUGUCUCACGUUGGUGCAUCUGAUGUAUGUGGCAAUAUGAACAAGUGGUAAGACUUGAAGGAGUGUGUUCUAAAUGCUUACAUUGAUCAAAACAGCACAAAAACAUACAUCUUUAGUCAUUCACUUAUCAGCAUAACCUGGAAAUGGUUCGCUUUCAUACCUCAUGAAAGACUAGGGCAGGAUUAGAAAAAAAAUCUCCUCAAGUUCACAAAAAUGAAGAGAAAGAAAGGAUGUUGGUUGGAUUUUGAGUGAACAGAUUUAUUCUGCUUUAAAAUUUUCAUAUUUUAAAUAUUUCAGUGGAACACAGCAUUUUCUAUGUUGUCAACUUUUUCAUUUGUGAGUUAAAAUGUAUCCAUCUCUCACUAUUUUGCAUUACUUGUGAAUACUGAACUACAAUAAAAAUAUUCUUUAUUGUG